UUUCUAUUUUGCUGUAAAGCAUGGGAGGCACAAUACCGCCUGCUCCAGCCAAUGCCUCUGCAGAGGAGACAAGUAAGGGCAAAGCAGAAGAACAGCCAGAGGAACCAGUUAAAUCACCGGAGCCAGAAAGUGAAGAGAGUGACUUAGAAAUUGACAACGAGGGUGUGAUUGAACCUGAUAAUGAUGACCCUCAAGAAAUGGGAGAUGAAAACGUGGAGGUAACUGAAGAGAUGAUGGAUCAAGCUAAUGAGAAGAAGAUAGAGGCUAUAAAUGCUCUGGGUGAAGGUGAACUUCAGAAGGCUGUCGACUUGUUCACCGAAGCCAUCAAGCUGAAUCCUUGUUUGGCCAUCCUCUAUGCCAAGAGGGCAAGUGUUUUUGUGAAACUACAGAAGCCAAAUGCUGCCAUUAGAGACUGUGACAGAGCCAUCAAGAUUAAUCCGGACUCAGCACAGACCUACAAAUGGAGGGGAAAAGCGCAUAGACUUCUGGGUCAUUGGGAAGAAGCUGCACAUGAUCUUGCCUUGGCUUGUAAGCUGGAUUAUGAUGAAGAUGCUAGCGCAAUGCUGAAGGAGGUGCAACCCAGAGCUCAGAAAAUUGCAGAACAUCGCCGAAAAUAUGAGCGGAAGCGUGAAGAAAAGGAAAUCAAGGAAAGAAUGGAAAGGGUGAAGAAGGCGCGCGAAGAGCAUGAGAGAGCGCAAAGGGAGGAGGAAGCAAGACGACAAGCAGGAGGAGCUCAAUUCGGUGGUUUUCCAGGUGGCUUUCCAGGUGGAUUUCCAGGGGCUACGCCUGGAGGUAUGCCAGGAAUGGCAGGCAUGCUAGGUCUCAAUGAGAUCCUCAGUGACCCUGAAGUCCUUGCAGCCAUGCAGGAUCCGGAAGUUAUGGUUGCAUUCCAAGAUGUUGCUCAGAACCCAGCAAAUAUGUCCAAGUACCAGAAUAACCCGAAGGUCAUGAAUCUCAUCAGUAAAUUGUCUGCCAAAUUUGGCAGUAAACCAUAAAACCCCUGGUUCAUAAAAAUCAUACCUGAAUGGGAAGGAUUGAUUUGGCUAACCAGUGUUGCAAUAAAACAAACCAUUUUACCUCUAAUCCUCUUAAGAAGAGAAAUGGGGUGCUCUAAAGAGAAUUGUUCUCUAGCCCCAUGUGUUGAACUUCUAAUGAUUGGUUUAUAGCACUCAAAUUACAUUCAGAAAACAGACACUUUCAACCAUCCCUAUUUGCCUAAGAGUCUUGAAACUUUCAUUAUAAGUAUUAAAGACAGUUUCCUUUGAAUGAAGACUCUUUCAAGAAACUGUAAUAUUCUUGGAGUGUAAGAUACAA